GAUGCUCCGUAGCCACAGCAACGCCCGGACACGCCAAGGACGCGGCGGGAGGAGCAGCAGCCCCGGAUUUCCUCCCUCCCAAAACCCCCGGGAUCCUGCUCCGAGCGAUUCCCAGCCCUCAACUUCUCGCCCUCAUUCCUUACGGAAUUCCUGGCCAUCCCCCUCCCUCAGAGGGCAGUUCAUGGAACACUGCAAUCCCUGGAACACUGCAAUCCAUGGAGCACCCCAGUCCCUGGAACACCCCAGUCCAUGGAACACCCCAAUCCCUGGAACACUGCAAUCCAUGGAGCACCCCAAUCCCUGGAACACCCCAGUCCAUGGAGCACCCCAAUCCCUGGAACACCGCAAUCCAUGGAACACUGCAAUUGGAGCACCCCAAUCCCUGGAACACCCAGCUGCAGAGCUGAGGGGCCGAUCCAGCCGGGGCCCUGGCACCCCAGCUCCUGCAUCCCUGCCAUCCUCACCACCCAGCCCUGCCCUCCUGUUUUCCAUUCUUCAGGCGUUUUUCCAACAAACAAACAGGGCAGACUGGAAAUGCUGCAACCCCCCCAAAAUGUUCCUUUGCCGCAUGGGAGUGGAAUUUGGGGCUCUGGAUCAUCGGUCACACGUGACCUCCUGGACAGCCCCAACAGCUCCUCAGGCUGAAAUCCAUCAGAACUCCUUUAAAUCCAUUAAAUUUUCCCCGUCAGACACACCUAAGGAAUCUAAUCCCGCUUCAAACCCGCAGCCCCGAGGGAGUCAACAGGGGACAGGCACCACCGACAGGCACCACCCGGCUCCUCUGGAACACAGGGAGGCAGGAAUGAAGGAAUCGCUCCAAGGUCACCUGGGCAGGUGCUCCAACACCCAGCACAGCCCCUCCAGCAGCCCCGGGAAGGUGCCCCGGGAGAGCCCCGGGCUCCGGGAAUCUCUGAUGGACACGAGCACACCCGGAAUUCUGGAUGAUGGACACGGAAACCCAAAAACGCUGCGUGGAACUGGGGCCUGCCGGGACCCCACGGCCCAGGAAUGGCGUGGGAAGGUCCAUCCUGACCCAGCCAGUCCGGAUCCUGGAAUUCCCAGAGCCCCCGGAGCCAGGGAUGGCACCAGCAGAGCCCCCGGGACGUGGUGACCCCUCAGAGCCCACACAGGUACGGCCCACCUGGACCCCCCAGUUAACUGGGGUUUGCUAAUUUAAUCGAGGUAAUUAAUUAACAGCUAAUCCAUCUCAUUGUUUAUUCACAUACUGUGCUCUGAUGGAAUUCCCAGCAGGCAGAAUUCCCGGCUGGAAGGGGCUCUGCCUUCCCUGCAUCCAGGACUGGGAAAAUCCAGCCCUGCCAACCCUAACAAGCUCCUCCCAGUUAGUAAUUAAUUAACAGAGAAUUGAUCCCAUUAAUUAACUGUUCCAGCAUUGUGCUAAGCGGGGCUGACAGAAUUCCCAGCAGCCAGAACUCCCUGCUGGAAGGUGCUGGGCCUGCCCUGGGUGCAGGACCGGGGAUCCCCAGCCAGGCCAACCCUGCUCCGUCCCUGCCAGCCCUAAGAGCUCCCCCAAUUAGCCCAGGCACUAAUUACUGCCUCACUCCCACCGCAGCUCCACAUCAAACCUCCACACUCCCACACUGCCAUCCUGAGGGACUGCGGGGUUUCCCUUCCCCCCAGACCCCCUCAGCCCUCCGGGAGCCCCCGCCAUUCCUGAUGGAGCAGAGCGUUCUGGCACUGCCUGGGAAAAGGAACAGCCCCGGGAUCCGGGAACAGCCCCGGGAUCCGGGAACAGCCCCGGAUCCGGGAACAGCCCCGGGAUGCGGGAACAGCCCCAGGAUCCGCAGCCACAGGCAGGGCCUGGGAGAGAGGG